AUGUUUGGAACAAGAAUAUAUGGCACGAUUAAGUACGUUAAUCAAAUAAGGCCAACAGGACUUAAACUUAUCCGUGGCUCCAGCCAAAAUCAGAUUUCGGGUGAUGACGGAUACUCGUCAUGUGCAUCAUUUUCACCGUGCCCGCCAAUAAAACCUCCUUUUUAUUGCCGACCAAGAACGAAGUAUGAAGUGAAUUUUGUAUACAUUAAUGAUCAACCACCAUCAACUCGAACCAAGGAUUUUGUGGACCGCGUAGCUCAAACAGUGUUUUGGACAGAGCUCAUACGAGGUUUUGCCGUGACGUUAGCACACAUAUUUAAAGAACCAGCUACUAUAAAUUACCCAUUUGAGAAGGGACCUAUAUCGCCAAGAUAUAGAGGUGAGCAUGCAUUGAGGAGGUAUCCGUCCGGAGAAGAGAGAUGCAUAGCUUGCAAAUUAUGCGAGGCAGUAUGCCCUGCUCAAGCUAUUACUAUUGAUGCGGAGGAACGGUGCGAUGGUUCUCGCAGAGCAACCCGCUACGAUAUUGAUCUUACGAAGUGCAUAUUUUGUGGUUACUGUCAAGAAGCGUGCCCAGUGGAUGCUAUUGUCGAAGGCCCAAACUUUGAAUAUUCAACAGAAACGCACGAGGAAUUGAUUUAUAACAAGGAAAAAUUGCUCGGGAAUGGUGAUCGUUGGGAACCCGAGCUUGCUAGUUCUCUUCGGGAUAACCACCUUUAUCGUUAA